CUCAUUUUAGCCACACUUAACAAAUUUGAAAUAAAUGAAGCGAAAUUUUACGAAACUUAAUUAAAUAUUACUUAAUCUAACUAAAUUUUACUUAUUUUAACGAAAUAUAACUAAAUUCAACUAAGUUUAAUUAAAUCAUAAUAAAUUCAACUAAAUUUUAAUUCAUUUAACUAUAUUAAACUAAAUUUAACUAUGAAGAACUGAUGUUAACUGAAUUGAACUAAUUUUAGCUAAAUUUAUCUAAACUUAACUAAAUCUUACUAAAAUUAACUAAAUUUGACCAAAUUACCAAUAAAAUCAAUUUAAAGUCUUGUUAACAUACUAACCUAAAGCCCAACUUAUAUAUUUUUUUAGUUAGUUAGGUAAUUAGUUUAAGUUUUGUUGUUAAUUCAAUAUUUUAUGAAUAAAAAAAUAAUCUGUCGUGUUUAUUUGUCACCCUAUUUUAUUUAAUCGCCCUAACUUGAAAUCCGAAGUAAACAGGAAGGAGAAACCCCCCGGUUUCCGGCACGUCGGUCCCCCGUUUAUAGGCCCGUUAUCGUGGUCAAAACGGGCCCAAAAGCGUGCCACAGACGGGCGUAACACAUCGGCCAACAUUCGUAACGCCCGCCUAAAUGUUGCAUUCUGGCACGCAAUGGGCCACAACGAGGGGAAAAAGCGUGCUGAAAAUCGGGCCCGCUUUCAGGCAAAACGUCCCCGCUUUUUGGCCAUUUUCCGCCCAUUUUUCUAUGUGGGUCGUCGUUCAGCACAGUUCAGCUUACAACUUCUGCGCGUGUGGAUGUUUUGUUUGUAACGGCUUUUGGCUCGAGUUUCCUAGUUUGUACACGACCUCUUUUUGCAGAAUGGCCCCUGUUACAAGAAAAAGCGUCGCCGAUAAGCUCGGAUCGGAGGAGCCCGUUGCCGCUGAACCGCCCGCACCAAAGAUUCCUCCGCCGCGCCGGGGUGUGGUCGGUGGGGAAGCGGAAAACGUCCGGGUGGUCAACCUGCCUAGCCCUCCGAAACGUGCUCUUGAGAAACCAAAGGAGGAGGAGAAGGAAGAGGUUACAGACGAUGAAGUUAUUGAUGUGGAGGAUUAUGACGAGAAGUGUCGUAUGAUCCGCAUUAUAAUUAGGGCCCUUCGGGCCGAACUGGGCGUUAAAAAGGAGAAGCGGUCGAAAACGGUUAAAAUUAAACAAGAACCGUGAAUCGUUGCAAACAUUGGUUUUUGACUGUAAUCAUAAUUUCUGUAUUUAACUUUUGCGACGAAAUAUAACCAUAAUCUGAGCUGUUGAUUGAA